AUGGUCAGGACAUCGCCAACGUAUCUUCACUCCGCGCUGUGCGCAUUGCUCCUCGUCGUCCUCUCUUUGAUCAUUGCUCCUAUCACUGCUACUCUUGUGGGGCUCGCUAUCCUUUACAAUGCUCUCAACCCGCUCAAUGUGGCCUCGCGCCCCGAGCGCAAGACGGUGCUCAUAACCGGAGCGCGCAACACCAAAUGCCUGUUCCUCGCCCGGACCUUCAGUCGCGCAGGCUGUCGCGUCAUCGUCGCAGAAGAGCCCGACUGGUUUGGUCUGAACAUGACACGCUUCUCGAAAGCUGUCAAACAAUACCACCCGUUGCCCGACCCGGCCAUCUCAGCGCAACUUUAUAAAGAUGCAAUUGUGAACCUUGUCUUGCGAGAACGCGUCAACGUCUUUCUACCGUGCUCUAGUCCAUCUUACACCGUCCUUGAUGCCAUAGCUGCACUCGCUAUCACGCACAGGGCGCCCAGAUGCACGUCCUUCAUCCCACACCCUGAUCUCGUUACCGCGCUAGAUCGCAAGGACGAGUUCAUAUCACUGUGCAAGUGCCUCGACAUGCCGGUACCUGCUAGUCGUCUCGUUCGGUCUGUCGAAGAGGCCGUGGACUGGCUUCAUUCACCCGAUACUACCAUUGCCGGCCAGCAGUACAUCACCAAGGGAUUGGCGUUUGAUGACCUCGCGCGUACGGACAUGACGCCUCUCCCUCUGGCGACCCCCGCGCAGACGAAGGUGCAUCUUGAACAUCUACCUCUUCCCAUCAGUCCCCGCCACAAUUACGUCAUUCAACAUCUUCUUCGCGGCCCUGAAUACUGUACCCACGCUGCCGUCCGCGACGGCGAGCUCGUGGCGUUCGUCACCUGUCGCAGUAGCGACAUGCUCAUGCGCUACGUCGACGUCAAGUCGCGAUUCUCUGCUCAAUCGGAAGAGGAGCGUGCCAAGGAGUACGCCGUCGGGGUACAGGCCGAGGACUGGACGCGAACUUUCCUAGCUCGUUGGAAGGACAAGUUGGAGCGAGACAAGGACAUGAGCGGGAAGUCCGUCCGAGAACUCACGGGGCACUUCUGCGUCGACUUCAUCCUGAACGAAGCUGAUGGACAACUGUAUCCCAUCGAAUGCAACCCUCGUGCUCAUACUGCGGUGGUACUCUUCGCUGGCAUCCCUCAGCUCGCAUCGUACUACCUUGGCACAGCAUCGGGUACUGCAUACCCUGCCGCAACGGCACGCCCUAAUUCGUGGCUCGCGCAUUCCCUUCCCCUUGCUCUCGCCUCGAUGCUCCCCCUUUCUCUCGCGGGCAAUCUUCAUCCACUCCUUGCGAACCCAGGUACCCCUAGAGACCCGACCUCCUCGCCUCAAGCAGAGAGCAGCGCACCUUUUGCGCUUCUCGCACAAUACAUCACGGGCACGGAGAUUGAUCCCGUCUGGGAUGUGCGCGAUCCUGUGCCGUUCUUCGUGCUGGUUCACCUAACUUGGCCCUGGGUGCUCCUCAGAACGCUCUUCAGUGGGAAAGCUUGGAGCAGGGUCAAUGCAAGCACCAUGAGGGUGUGGGGUGCACCUAGGAUGGAAUGA